CAUCUUUUCCUUCACGUCAAUGGGAUUAGAGGAAGAAACACUCUCUUCACACUGCUGGCUGUCAUCUCAGUGCUCAGAAGACAAAAUGGAAAUGCAGUAUGAGCAGAGGACAGGAGGAGGAUCGGGAUAAGUCACAAGUUUGGACUACAAGACUGAUCACUUUUUACUUUCUUAUACUAAAUGACCAAGAAAUUUGUUUCCAAUCUCAAGGGAGUUAUGCAAAUAAUCUGAGGCUGCAGGCUCAGAAACAGCAUCCUGCACCUUUACUUCACUGCUGUCUAAACAAUGGGUGAACCCAGGGGUCAGACGAAGGGUUCAAAUGCUGGAAGCAGCCCUGUAUUGGAACCGCAGUCUGCUUCGUUCAACCCUGAUGCCCCAUCUUCAUCUUUGUCUCCAAAACUUGCCCAGAGCAACUUCAGGAGAGUCAGUCGCACAGACGACAGCAGCCCCUAUCCGAUCCCUGGCCUAGCACCAGACAUCCUGCACAUGCGAGUGAAAGAAGGGAGCAAGAUCCGCAAUUUGCUACGGUUUGCAACAGCUCGCAUGCAAGGGGAUGGGAAAGACAGCAAUGAGACAUCACUGAGACAAGUGGUCUUCACUGGCUCAGGUAGAGGAGUCACAAAGACCAUCACCUGUGUGGAGAUUCUGAAACGUAAAGUGGGGGAGCUCCACCAGGUGUCCAAGCUCUACUACAAGACAGUGAAUGAGGUCUGGGAGAGUUCACAACAAGGAGAACCAGGUGUAACCGUGCAGAGGACAGUCCCUGCCAUCUGUAUCCUGCUCUCUAAAGACCCUCUGGAUCCACAGGAGCCUGGAUACCAACCCCCUGAAACCCUGAGUGUUCCCACAGAGGACGCAGAGAGACGCAGAGCUCUGCUCAGGCCAGCUCACAGUCCCUCCUCACAGCACACAGCCAAGAGAGUCUGUCUGGAUGACUGGAGUGUGUGUUCUCCAUGGACGUCUUCAUGA